UCUUAAUGUGUAUACAGAUUGCAUGUGAUAUUGUAUAUGUAUGGAUUUUGGCCAACAACAAAAUUUUUUAUAAAAAAAAAAAAUAAAAAAAAAUAAAAAAUUGCGUAGCAAAAGGUCAGCUUGUUCUAGGAUUCUCUUCAUCAAGCCAAAGCUUUGAUUUUGCAUGUCAUUAUCCUUAACCCCACCACUAAUAUCCCUCUCUUCAAGGUAGAAAAAAGAGAGGAAAACUCUUAAGAAAAAAAGUGAUUAAAUAUAAUAAACCUAAAAUAAGAAAAGAAAAAAACUUCCCAUUGGCAUAAAUAAUUAGUGACAUCAAUUAAUAAAAUCCCUUUUCCCACAUAAAAAGGUGAAUUUAUGCCUCCCCAUAUAUACCUACCUAAGUGUGGAGAUCUAAGAUACAAAUUAAUAAUUAAGGAGCUUAUGCUUCUACCAUGUAAAUCACAUGGAUUUGUACUUUCAAUCUCCUCCAAACUUCAUUGAAUGGCUUAAGCCUUCACCAACAACUAUCUCAUCUUUCUCUUCUUCUUCCACAAUUCAACAAAAAACUCAUUAUAAUAACAAGCUCAUGACUAACCCCAUGAUGUUGAUGAUGAAAUUGCCUUUGUUCUACAAACAACACCAAGUUGAAGAAGAUGAAGGCCAUAUCGAUCUCGAUCGAGACAUGACUUUGCCCCUCUUGAGUAGGCUUAGUGAGGCAAAGGCCGUGAAGGAAGAAGAGGAAGGUCAUUAUGAUGAUGAGGAGAAGGUUACAGUUGCCUUGCACAUUGGGUUGCCUAAUAGUAAUAAUAAUAAUAGUAGUGUUAUUACAACAAAUAAUAAUGAUCAUGAAGAAUUGUCUAAUGAUGAUGAUUAUGAAGUGGUUGAGGGUAAGAAUUUGAAAUUUGAGGAAGAUAAAAGUAUGAUGAUGAUGAUGAUGAUUAAUGAUGAUCAUAAAGAGAAAAUUAGCAUGAAUAAUGAUCAUGAUUAUUCAUCAUCAUUUAACACUGAGAGUAGGUUUUGGAUCCCAACCCCAGCUCAAAUCUUGAUCGGACCCAUGCAAUUUUCUUGCUCCAUUUGUAACAAGACUUUCAACCGCUACAAUAACAUGCAGAUGCAUAUGUGGGGACAUGGUUCGGAGUAUAGAAAGGGACCAGAAUCACUAAGAGGGACACAACCAGCAGCAAUGCUAAGGCUACCAUGUUACUGUUGUGCGCAAGGGUGCAAGAACAACAUCAACCACCCUAGAGCAAAACCUUUGAAGGAUUUUAGGACUCUCCAAACUCAUUUCAAGAGAAAACAUGGCAUCAAAGGUUUCAUGUGUAGGAAGUGUAGCAAAGCAUUCGCGGUUAAAGGUGAUUGGAGAACUCAUGAGAAAAAUUGUGGCAAACUUUGGUAUUGUACUUGUGGCUCCGAUUUCAAGCACAAGAGAUCUCUCAAAGACCAUAUAAGAUCUUUUGGUAAGGGACAUUCCCCUCACCCAUCCCUUGAAGGGUUCGAGGAAGAGAAAGAAUGCAUCACUACUGGCUCCUCUGAAGAUGAGGAGCUAGCUAGUUAUUAGUGCGGGCAUAUAUAUAUAUAUUAACCAAAAAUUAAUGUUUCAUCGAUUUAUAUUUGAAGAUGGCUUCAUUUUUUAGGCUCAUGAUGCGGGUUUUUAAGCUUAUCAAAGCUUGUGCUCUACAACAAAAAAUUUCACAAGAAUGAGGAGAGGUUUGUUUUGGAGCAAAUGCUAAAUGGACAAGCAAGAAUAGUAGUACUACAUUUACUUGUAUUGUUAGAAUUGAAGUUUAUUAAUGGUUUCAUAGCUUGUUGCUUAGAAUAAGUUAGGGAUCAAUACAAAGUGAUGAAGCUGAAGAAUUUUCUCCUAACUUAGGAUAAUAGAUCAUUGAAAUUAGGGUCAUGAUGCCUAAUUUUGCUAAAAUUUUCCUCCAAUAGAGAAAAUUUAUCAGCUUCAUCAUUACUUUGUAUUAAUCCUAGAUAGCGCCAACGAAAAUUGAUGUAACAUUAUGGUUUGUAUCUUGUAUCUUUCAAUGAAAACUUCUAGUUUCUUGAAAACUUUUUA